GGAAGAGAUAAUUUACUGCUAAGUGGCUAAUGUCAUUCUUAUGGUUUGCUUCCCCAUCCCAUAGCUUCUGCUUCUUGUAUUUAAAUUAGUAUUAUCAAGGAAAAGUCAAGAUAUGUUCCUUUAACACAGUUAGAUAUGGAUAGCUAUUACACUUCACUGUAAUUUUUUAAGAAAAGUGGGUGAAGGUCUGACCUGAAGAAUCUCAAAGAACUCGUACGUUUUGGAGUUAAGUCGGAUUAGACCAGGUAGAGCAGCCUCAGCAGCCCAAGGUUCAGCUCAGUAUUCCACACCAGACAUGCUGUGCCCUCUCUCUGUGUCAGAAUUACAUUUAUGUCUAGAAGCAGGAGGAGCUGAAAAUGAACUCUUAAGAGUGCCUUUGACAUGGAGUUGGACUGGUGUGAUUGCAACUACAGAUAAGUAGAAUCUACAGUUGAACAUCUCACUUUUAUAUUAAGUGCCUCUUAUGAUGUAAUGCUGGGCUCAAUGUGCUAAUGGAGAUGAGCAGUUUGAAGUCUGAUGUUAAUGUUGAAAGGAAAUCCAGCACAAAAAUACUUUACAGAACUCAAGGAAACAUUUGGUUCCACAAAUGAGAUAAGAUUGAACUAACACACAGGCUUUGCGGUGCAUGUCUGCGCCUGCAGUCUCACGUGCCCAGGAGUGGUGGUCUCUUAGGUUGUGACUUGUUGCUAUAACAACAUCCUUGUGGCUCCUGCCCCAUCUCAGUCGUGAACAAGCUUGUUAAGAAUAAUUUUUGCUGCUCCAGUAAUCCUUCUCCCCUCUGCUUUACUGCUCCGCACCCCCCACUUUCACCUUUCUGAUUAUAUGUGGCUGAAAAUUUUAAAACUGGCUUAUUUUUUCUUACCUACUACAUUUAUCAGCUUGUAACACUUGUACAUUUGAGACUUUUUGGUGUAAUUUAGCUAAGCAUAAGCAAAAGAAGAAUAGCCCAUCCUUGUACUGUAUUUGAUUUCAUAAUCAGGUUGUUGAUUUAAUGAUUGCCUGUUGCUUUUACUUGCAUGUUGUAUAAUUCUUCUUAGCCAUCUUCAAACUUCUGUUUUAGCUGUGUUCUGUAAAUGACUGGAGAGUGAGAUGCAUGAAGUAAUUUAAUAUCAUUCACCGAGGGCAAUACCAAAUGGCUGGCUGAGUACCCCUUGCUUUGUGUUGGUUGUGGCCUCUGUCACUUCUUGGGCCUCCUUAGCCAGAACAUUCAUCAAGGAUUUGGCAUCCAAGGCUCAAACGUUUGUUAUCCAAGAUGAUGAAUGCUGACAUGGAUGCAGUUGAUGCUGAAAAUCAGGUGGAACUGGAGGAAAAAACACGACUUAUUAAUCAAGUGUUGGAACUCCAACACACACUUGAAGAUCUCUCUGCAAGAGUAGAUGCAGUUAAGGAAGAAAAUCUGAAGCUAAAAUCAGAAAACCAAGUUCUUGGACAAUAUAUAGAAAACCUCAUGUCAGCUUCUAGUGUUUUUCAAACAACUGAUACAAAAAGCAAAAGAAAGUAGGGGAUUCAUCCCUUCUGUUUCAUGGAAUUGCUGCUGAUUUUUUCUUUAAAACUCCAAUAGAUUCCAAAAGUUACAGUACUUUUAUUCAUGGAUUCACUAUUUAUGAAGAUAAUGUCAGCUAUAGGCAAAUUAACUACUUAACUCAAGAUUUCCACAAGUUUGUGUAUUAUGUUAGUCUAUGAAAAUGUGCACAUGUAUUGUAGAGACUUUAUAAUUAGAAUUGCAUAUAUUUAUGACACUUAAGGAUGAAUGUUUUAUCAAAUUUACCUUGAUUUAUAGGCUUAGUGCUGUCUUGUAUUAUAGGCUUAGUGAGAUAAACAAGAAAGACUCGCCAUGUUGUGAAGAAGUGACCAAAACCAUGUCUUGAAUGCACAGCUUUAUGUCCCUGUCCACCAUGUUGUGCCUCUUCCUUCCCACUCCCUUUCCCAAAGAAAAGUUUCACAUCUGUAGAAAGUAAUUUUGUUAAUCAUGUAUGACAGUAAUCUGAAUCCUAACUGUUGAAACUUAACCAAAACACAGUACUUUCUCAGCUAGGGCUUGUCAUUUGUGACAUUUAGUAAAAAGAUAGGAUUACUGGUUUCUCUUAAUUCAAAACAGAUGGAGGCUUUAAAAAAAAUUUUUUUUCUUUGAAAGUGAAUUGUCAAAAUUACUAAAAUUUCCUUUUGUACAAGAUAGUCCAGUUGGUAUCUGUAUAAAGAUAGGAAUUCUAGUCAUAUGUGGUUAAAAAUAGAAAAUCUUGAGGAAAAAUAAAAUAGGGUGUAAAAACACUACGUAAACAGUAGUGAAACAACUCCAAAUGUUUUCACCCCCGAUCUGUGCUAUGUCUGUUACAGAGUAGAUAUUUUUGGGACUGUAUAUGAAGAUGGAUUGUUUAACCUUAUAUAAGCUACCACUGGAAGAGAACAGUUACACAGAGUUUGGUCUGAAGGUUUAUUGGUAGUACCCAGCAGAUCAACCACAAAAUUCCUUGAGUGCGUUAGUAUCAUAAUCAUGAAUACAAAGGGAGACUUUCGUGUGUUUGCUAACUGAUGACCUUGCUCCAUGUUUCAUCCUACUUGUUCUCCCAGAGUUUUUUGUAAGCUUAACUUGGUUUACAGGAGUCAUUAUCAUUUAACAAUUUUUUUUUAAAUUUAGUUUGUAGAUUGUUUGGUAAGGGAAUAAUGUCAGAAGUAAUAAAAUGUUUUAGGAAAAGAGAUCAACUAAUAUAGUUUAGGAUUAUUAGAUUUUGUUAAUCAUGGAAUAAUCCUGUAUGUUAGUGUAAGAUUUGAUGAAUAACAUCAGCUGUAUGAGUAUUGCAUACAUUUUGCAUCCCUUUUGUGAACUAAUGGCAGAUAUUUAAAUUGUGUUGCAGUUCUGCUUUGUGUUUAAUAAAAAGCUGUUUCAGA